AUGCCGGUACCCACAAGCAGCGUCGAUUACAAGCGCCUCAUCAUUUGCUGCGAUGGCACCUGGCAAUCCUCCGACGGCGCGACCCAAUACUCCGCGUCGAACGUGACCAGGCUCGCGCGAGCCAUCGCGCACUCCGACGUUCUGAACGGUGCCGAGAUCCAGCAAAUCGUCUACUACCAAAGCGGCGUCGGCUCCGAGGCGAUGACCGGCAUCGCCGCCGGGAUCCAAGGUUCGGUGGGCAACGGUCUGGACGAGAACGUGGUCGAAGCCUACAACUUCGUCGUCAACAACUGGGAGCCCGCGGGCAAGGACUCGCCCGCCGACGAGCUCUUCCUCUUCGGCUUCUCGCGCGGCGCCUACACCGCGCGCUGCCUCGCGGGCCUCAUCGACUGCGUCGGCGUCCUGCCCAAGACGGACAUGGACCGCUUCCACGAGCUCUACGCGCGGUACCAGAGCAACCAGUCCGCGGAGCUGAUCAAGGAGAAGGAGGCGGGGAUCCUCGGGCGGUCGACGCGGAUCAAGGUCGUCGGCGUGUGGGACACGGUAGGCAGCCUCGGCGUGCCCGAGUACUAUUUGGUGAAGAAAUUCAACUGGAACGCGAAGCACAAGUUCCACCGCGCGUCGCUCUGCCACAGCGUCGACCACGCCUUUCAGGCUCUCGCCAUCGACGAGCACCGUUUUCCAUUCGCGCCCUGUGUAUGGCAUCUUCCCAAGGACGGACACCGGGUUCCAUCGAUGCCCUCCUCGACCAACCUUCUCCAGUGCUGGUUCCCCGGAUUCCACAUCAACGUCGGCGGCGGCAGCACCGAGUCCCUUCCCCCUAAAGACAAGAAGGGCAAGCUCCGGGUCGACAAGGCGGGCAACCCGCUGGGCCCGGACGGACUGACGGACAUGGAGCAGCUCGCGAACAUCAGCCUGUUCUGGAUGCUGGAUCUCAUCAGCCCGUUCCUGGUCCUAGAUAAGACGUACCUCGACAGCCUGAUCGCGAAGAACACGGCCGCGAUCACGUCGUUGCCGGAGAAGCCGCGGUUGGAGGGGAAGGAGUACGCGAAGAGCUGGUUCGUGUCGUAUCCGCCCGUCAGGUCGGGAUGGGCGCUGGGCCCGUUCAAGGACCCGUUCGCGGGCGAGAUGAUGGCCCUCGGCUCGGAGCACCGCAUGCCGGGGCAGUACAAGCUCGAGGAUGACAACGAGGCGGACAAAGACCACGUCGCGAAGGACACGUACGAGAUGAUGCACCCCUCCGUGCGCUUCCGCAUGAGGUACCUCGGCCCGACGACGGGCACGAACGAGUGGAACCCGGAAUCGCUCAAGCACUUCAAGCUCCGUGCGGGCGCGACGCCGGACGGCUCUUGGGCGUGGGCGAAGGGCAACCCGGAGGCGCCGCUGAGGACGGGGUGGGAGUGGGUGAAAACGGUGUCGGGGUCGCAGCGCGUGGUGAUACCCGAGUAUAAGAUGAUGGAGGGCGGGUGGGAGCAGAAGUUGGCGAGGACGUGCCCUAACAAGGGAUUCGACGGGAAGGUGCCACCGGACCCGCUGGUCGAGAUCAACUACGAUCCUACAGGCGCGGAGGCUGCGAAGUACAAUGCAUAG